AUGGUUGCUGGACGAGGUGGUUAUGCCACUGUCGAGAUUGGUGGCACCAUCUCGGAUUCGAAGAAACUUGUGGCGGUAAAACGGAGUCUGAUGCAAUGGGAGACUCAUGAACCAACUCUCCCUCAAGAUUCGAAAAGGAUCCUGGGGAAAGGUUUUGAGCAGAGUGUUCGAGAGUUGCGCAUCCUUGGACACAAGAAAGCCAGGAGCCAUGACAAUAUAGUGAGCCUCGAGGGUGUUUGCCUGGACGAAAUCAACGGGGUGCCCUCGCUAGCCCUUGUCAUAGAGUAUUCACAUCUCGGCACUCUACGUGAAUUCCUUAUCCAGAAAAACCAUGCUCUCUCUCUCGAUGAGCUGUUCAACCUUGCGUUGCAAGGUGGCCGUGGCUUGGAUGCUCUUCAUACCCUGCUGGUAUGCCAUGCUGAUGUCAAGAUCGAUAAUGCACUUGUAUUCGAGUCUCCAACGGAAACUGACGGCAAGAAAUGCUGGGUGGUAAAAAUCUCGGACUUUGGACAAUCUAUUAUUGCACCUCAUGACGAUCCUGAUGGUAGAGUGCCUUGUCGACCAGGGACACGUCUGCGAGAGGCUCCCGAAAUCAGGCGAGGCCAGGCGUUUCAAGACCCUGGCUAUAAUAUCCAGGCUGCCUUGAAGACAGAUGUCUUCUCAUUUGGCCUUUUUGUAUGGGAAGUGAUGAAGAAUGGCCAAGGAUACUUUGAUCCAGCGUGGGCAGGGUUAAAUGGAAGGCAAUACAACGCCGAUAUCAUGGAGGACUUUCUUAACAAUUUGCCAAACGAUGCCCUUUUGACUUAUGGAAUUGAGUUUGCGAAGAGCUUGGGCCAACAGCAACACCUUUCCCAGAGGCUUCUGCGAGUAUUUGAGGGUUCAUUGAGGGACCAGCCGCAAACAAGGAAGACAAUGAGCGAACUAGUGGAAUCGUUUGAGCUCCCAAGUGACAAAUCUGAGGAGGAGAAAGUAAAUCCAACUUCAUUUUUAGGUCUUGGGGCUAUGAUCGCCCAACUGGGCUUUGAUGUCGAUGACGAGUCUUCAAUAGGUACAUGGGGAACCAGCAAGUCGUUUUACGAUGGAGACUUUUCUGGAUCCCACGAAAUUAUAUCCGACAUACCCAUGUUGCUACAGCGGAAAAUUCUUGCCGAGCUCAAAGGCAUGGCAACAUCUGAUAGCACCGAUACUCAUUCAUCGGGCCACUCCGCCAUGACCGUCGCUGAGUGCUAUACACUUGGCUUUGGAGGGUCACAUGACAUUGCAGAGGUUAUCCAGUGGCUUGGAACAGCAGCUUCGAAGGGCUUCAAGAAGGCAGGGCUUGUAUACCACCGAGUCUGCGACGCUGUCAGCAUUCCACCGCAAGACUUGAGCGGCCUCAAUGAAGGGAGGGCCCUAGAGACGGCUCUGGAAAGGGUCUCCACUGAGAAGUACUUGUCUGAAAGAAUCCUUCACCACAGUCGAACCGUUCUCGAAGAUGCGCGACAAAGGAUCCUUGGCCAUGAGGCGAACUCGCUCCUUACAAUGGCAGAGGGCGUCUUUCUCUCCACCUUUAGCGAGGCUAAAAUAGACACUUUACUUCCACUCCAUGUAGCGUCUUGGCUUGGGGAGGAGGCGCUUGUGGCGAAGUUACUGAAAAGCACUCCACCAGACGCCCAGUCAGUACUGGGGUUCAACGCCGCACACUUCGCAUGUCUAGGAGGCCAUAUUUCGAUUCUCAAGCUCCUGAGCAAGCACGAUGUACCUCUCUCAGUGGCCAGUCUCCAGUUAAUAACGCCUCUACACUUGGCAAUCUUCUUCCAGCCUCGUGACCUCGCCUCGGCUGUCAAUCUUCUCCUUGAGCAUGGUUGCUCGCUUGAAGCACGCACACAAACGGUCAAAUGGGACGCGCAUGAUCUUUCAAUUUAUGGCACGCCGAUGCAAUGGGCGCUACAGACACGCAAUAGAGCCCUUGCCCACAUUCUACUGCCACUCCAAGCGCAACCACCUAGUUCUGAGUGGCUGACCAACGUCGUCCAGGACUUUUACUGGGAACUGUUGGAGGAUCUUCUGCCUUAUUUCCAGGGCCCAAUGGAUGAUACGGUUGCAUUGCAACCCGCAGCAAGGCCAUUUAUUCGGCGGAUUGCUCACGGUCGAGACUACAGCCAAGCCAUCGAAAAGACUGUCCGGCUAUGUCGUGAUAACGGUAUUUUGGGUUUCACCGCUGACGGUGCAUCUCAGCUUCAGCUCUUAAUGCCUUCCACGCGGACAUUGACUGACUUUUUGAUGUUUAAUCUUGCUUUGGAUGCAUGCUCGGCAGACUACAUACGAUACACAGGGCCGAAUCUUUAUAGUUCCCCUUUAAUCGUCAUUGCAUUCGAUAUGACCGACCACCAGGAGGCUCUUCGCGACACUCUGUCCAGGCUGACGAAAUGUUAUACACUUGAUGAGUUGGAAGAUGGUCGCCUGACCGGGGGCCACAAUCUUCUACUGACGGCCGUGAGUCAUGACAAUGUGACGGCGGCACGUGUCUUACUCGAGAGAGGAGUCGACGUCAACAAGUCAUACAGGCUGUCCGGUGUUGUCAUCUUGAAUCCGGUCACACUGUGCGUUCGUAGGAGACCCUUGCCUGAGAUGCUGUCGCUAUUGGUCGAAUAUGGUGCCGACCUUUUGGCCAAAUGCUCCAUGUCGGGGCUAACACCACUACAACUGCUCCUUGCCGGUCCAGUUCAAGUAAGCGAUGUUCUGGAUAUCUUAACCAAUCAUUCCCAACCUGAUCAGGUAUAUAUUGAGGCUUUGUUUAGGAGCUUCGCUACAUUCUGUUCCGGGAGCAUUUUACGUGGCUUGGCGACAUCGCCUGACAGCCAGGAGAUGAAGAAACCUCAGUUGCGCACACACUUUUUGGAGCAGUUCCGUCGACUACUGAUGGUCCCUAAAUUCGCUCGCUUCGUCGAUGAACCCCAUCAUCCAGAUGGCUCUACAAUGAUCCAACAGGCAGCAAGCAUCGUGCAUUAUCCCGCCGUUCGGCUGCUGCUCGACGCAGGGGCCGAUGCAAGCAGACCAUUCAGGCGUGGCAACAAUUCGAUCCUGCCACUUCAACUCGCAGUGGUGAAAGGCAGGCAAUUUCAGAUUAUGAAAACGCUCAGACGCGACCCCAUACAAGGAAUUGAAUACAUGAGUAUGGAUCUGGUAAUGGAGGUCGCAACGGAGCUUCUGCAGUGGCAUCUGGCACGCAGCGACGGCCUAUUUGACGGCAUCAGCGAACUCCAUAUUGCAUACUGUAUGAGGUAUCCAGAGGGAAUUAAAAAGUAUGUAGAGGCAGGUCAUAGUCUGGAAGCAAAGGGACAUUGGCCCGGGAUUGAGAAGGCGAUGACGCCGAGAGAGCUCUCUCGUGACCCAUUUUGGAACCAUGAGGCGGGUUAUGGCAUUCACCUUUUCCCAUUUGUCAAAGAAGAAGGGCUUGGGCAGGAGUACAGAGAUCUAUUAGCGACAAUACCGUAG